AUGACAGAGGCUACACAAGAUGCGUCUCUCGGCAAACCGACCCAGGACUCUCUCGUCACCACCGACGCGGCCGCUGUAAAGCCAUUCAAGGAAAGAAGAUCGAACCUCCCGGCGGCGUCUCUAUAUGCCUCGACCGUUUCGCCGACCACUCCGCGCCCAACAUCUCAUACCAGGCAGUACUCGUCCAGCAUGAUACUAUCUGGCUCUCGGUUGGACCACAGCCCGGGGCCAGGACCAGCAAGUUCGACGGACACCACCUCUGCGGAGCCUCUGCAUCAAAUCGUCCAAUCCUUCGUCCCGCACAUAUCAGUAUAUGCGUCUGAUGACACAGAGUCGCUGAUUUCGGCAAAGGGGUUCCAGCAUGGUCUUUGGGAACUCUUGCGCCCUUUUGGCGAAAGAAUCCCGCGCAAAGUGACCAUUCGCGACAGCAACGGGUUGAGCCAUACCACGGAUGACUUCGCGGUCCGAUUCACGCGAUUUGGCGAGAAUCCAAAGCCUCACGACGUUUCCGCGUCCAGCUCGCGCCAAAGCUGCGCGACCGACGACCCCGGCGGCGUUGGAGACGGCAGCUCUUCGGAAAGGUCUACUCUCGUGGAAGUCGACAGCUUGGUGGAACGCCACUUGGCCUUUGCUGAAACCGCGCUCCCCAAGACUUCCUUGCAUCUGCCAGAUGCCCUGAUGCAGGGGCUGGACACGGAGCAUCCUUCGCCGUAUUACUCCCUAUAUCUGAGGCGCCUCUUGUAUCAGACGACCGUUGCGCCGCAAGAGACUUUUGCUCACCCCGUCGCUUGUGUCAUUGCCAUCAGCUCCCGCAGCGACAAUCCCAUUGAAGAGCUGCGGAAGCUGUAUGCGGAGACUACCCAGGCCAACAAACACUUCCCUCCUUGGGUGGACAACGACUAUCUCAGAUACUAUGUCCUGGUUCACGAUGACGAGAACGACGACAUCACUCGAUCCAUGGGGUUUUUCGAACAAAUGAAGCGCCAUCUCGGCUUUCAUUGCCACCUGCUGCGACUGAGAUGCAGUAAAAGCGCGGAAACGGAUGACGACAGCGUACCCCUUCCCGACAGCGACUGGAUAUCGGCAGGCGAGGAGCUGGCAAGGAUUGACAAGAGCGAGAGGGACGAAGAUUUGGAGACACCUCCACAACACAUCUUCGAGUCGGACGCGACUGCCAUACGAACAUUUGUCCGGGAAAUGGUUACGCAGUCGAUUGUCCCCACCAUGGAGCGACACGUCUCCGUCUGGAAUGAUCAGGUUGCCUCCCGCCGAAGGGGCAUUGCUGGUCGUUUUAUGAAUCUGUCGCGAAAAUGGACUGGCUUCGGGAGCAGCUCGCGAACCUCGCCGGGAAACCACGCCAACACGCGGGACGCCCUAGACAGUCUCGGCCACUACCACGCGUGCUCUGCGGAAGCCAUCAUGCGGAAGCUUGCCGACUACGCAUUCAUGCUACGAGACUGGAAGCUGGCGCAUUCCACGUACGACCUCCUGAGAAGCGACUUCAGCGAGUCAAAGGCCUGGAAAUACCACGCAGGCGCCAGCGAGAUGGCCGCCGUGAGCUUGCUGCUCGCGUCGCGGGCCCCGGCGUCCAGGCUUCGCGCAGAACCCAUCGACCAGAUGCUGGAAGCGGCGUUUUACUCGUACAGCAGCCGCUGCAGCGCGCCGCUCGGAGCCGCUCGGUGCCUGCUCCUCGGUCUGGAGCUGCUGCGUCUGCGAGGCGGCCCAGACGUCGACGACGCCGGCGGAUGGGGAUCGCGCCUGCACGACUCCAGAAUACUGGGGCCGGUCGGCGAGGCGCUGCUCAAGGAGCGCCUUUGCGUCUGCUACCUGUCGAAACGCGGCUCAGGCGGCUGGGGCUGGGGCGGCCGGUCUCGCAAGGCCGCGUUCUGGAGCCUCCUGGCGGCCGAGGCUUGGUGGCGGCAAGCCAAGUACAUCCCCGCGCAGCGGUGCCUCGAGGCCACGCGGAGAAUCUACGAGAACCUGCCACGCAGCAAUGGCAUCGUGCGGUUCCAGGUCGCGCAAGAACACGUAAAGUCUCUGCAGCUCGAGCUCGUCAAGAAGCUCAGCUCGCACCACAUGGCGUCGGCAAAGGUGCAGGACGACGAAGAAGGCGCGGGUACCGAUGUCGAAAGCCAGUCUUUUGCAACUCUGCCGUCGAGAAGACGGAGCGUCACGGCGGGAAUCACUGCCUUGACGACGGCACCACUUGGCGGCGAGUCUCUGGGCGGCAAUGACGCCUCGGCUUCCCAGCAGGCGCUCGAGUUCGAAUAA